CCGCUCCGUAUGUGAUCAGUCGAUCAUUUACGCUUCGGGUGAGUGGAUGUACUUUUGUGUAACAUGAGAUAAAAGGUUCUCAGGACAUCAGACGGGUCAUUGGAGUAUUGUUUUAGUGUUUCCGUGAUGGAGUCUGAAUCGCUUCGUAGAGUCCUGUUGUUUUGCCUGGUGGCACUCCAUUGUUCCUGGCUAGCACAAGUGAAAGCGCAGAGUGCGGUCUGUACGACACCGACCAACUUACAGGGUCUCUGUGUACCCAUUCAGCGAUGUCGGAACAUUUUUAAAAUCACUCAGCUUCCCUCGCCUCCGCCGGUAGCAGUUGCCAACUACAUCCGGAAGGCUGAAUGCACUCUGCCGGGCGUGGAACGCAGCAUCUGUUGUCAACCGGCCGAAGUGGAACCGGAAAUGACAACGAAUUUAUUGCCAAAAGACUGCGGUCAGUCAGUAGCCGAACGGAUUGCCAACGGUAACCUUACUCGGGUGUUCGAUUAUCCUUGGAUGGCUCUGUUGCGAUACGCGCAGAACGGAGAAAUACUGGAUGGCUGUGGCGGAUCAUUGAUUAAUAAGCGUUACGUGCUUACUGCAGCGCACUGUCUCAAAACACGAAGUACUUUGCAACUGGAUCAUAUCCGCCUGGGAGAACAUACUAGAAGUGAAGAAAUUGACUGUAUUAUCUUUAGAGAUAAGAAGGGUGCCGAACUUGAGCGAGAUUGUGCGGAUCCUGUCGAGGACUAUGGCGUUGAAUCGAUUAUUAUCCAUCCGGAUUACAACCGACCGAAGUACAGCAAUGAUAUUGGGCUGGUGAGGCUGAACAGGGAUGUCACAAUGAAAGAUCACAUUCGACCAAUUUGUCUUCCAGUGACACCUAAGUUGCGUUCAUUGCAAUUUGACAAAUACAUUGUAACUGGUUGGGGGACGACAGAGAAUCAAACCGGAUCAGACAUUCUUCUGUCGGCCAUUCUGCCCCGAGUAGAUAUCGAUAGUUGUCAGCAGAGGAUGGCACAGAACCGACUGAAUGUGCAGUUGAGUAGCAAACAGCUAUGCGCUGGCGGUGAAGGACAGGUGGAUACGUGUCGGGGUGAUUCUGGUGGGCCGCUGGGCUUCAGCACUGAGUACAAUGGCGCGCGUUUCGUACAAUUUGGUAUAGUGUCCGCUGGCGUGGAUUCUUGUGGGCUAAAAAGUGUUCCAGGAAUUUACUGUCGAGUGGAUAGUUAUAUGGACUGGAUUUUAGAAAACAUAAAGCCCUAGUAUAUCAUAAAUGAGAGUGUGUGACCGUAUUGUACCUCAAAAAAUUGAUGAAGCAAUAUAGACGACAUUGUAAGAGAUUCUCAGUCAAACUAACUUUCCUUUGUGGAAUUACUGUGCAAUAAAAUAUAGUUUUAUUUUUAUAAAA